CUUAAAAGUUAAAACCAAAACAGUGAUCGUUUUGCAAAAGACUUUCAAGGGCCAGUGCAUCCGCAAAGAGUAAAUAAAAACGAGGCUACACUAGCUCCAGGUGACAGAAUUGUGAACUAAAGCUAAAACUAGGGCACGCACUUACAUACAUAUCAUUCCUCUGUUACUCUAUCUAAUAAAAAAUUAAUUAGAAACUUGCAAAAUUAACAAUACCAAAUCGGAAAUUUAAUAAUGCAUUUGGAUUGGAUUUUACAAAAUGUAUUGUUAACUGAACUGCUUUAAAUUGGUAUAAAUUGAUUAUUAAAUAAUUGAAAGAGAGUUUAUAGUGUUAAGAUUAUCAACUUAUAUACAAAUAAAAAAACAGAUAGUCUCUUGUAUUUUUUAAAUUAACUAAGAUCCGUGGAUGACUACGAAUUAAAUUUUUUUAAUUUUGGAUUCACAUCAUUUUCCAUGGUGUCGAAUAGAUGGCAGUGAGAGCACGACAAUUGAAAAAGCGACGUGACAUUUCACAUUUCAGAAACUCGGAAGAAAAACAAAUCGGUAGACUCUUCAGAGUUCAGAGUCCCUUAUCGCUUGUUGAAGAAGCUGUUCUUGUACGCCAUGGAAACGAAAGAGGAGGAGGUUGUAGAAAACGCUAUGACUUUCAUAGCUAGAAUAUUCAACGAAAUUAUCAGUAGCCCGCUAAAUUUGGCUCUUUUGGGCGCCAUCGGAUAUGUCGCUUACAAAAUUGUUGCCACUCAAAUGGAAGAGAGAAAAGUUAAACCCGAAGAACCUCCUUUACCGAAGCUUAGAAAACAAGACAUGACUAUGGAGCAGCUAAAACAGUACAAUGGAACUGGACCUGAAGGCAGAGUUUUGGUAGCUGUCAAUGGGAAAGUCUUUGAUGUCACCAAAGGUAAACGUUUCUACGGUCCUGGCGGUCCUUACGCAGCAUUUGCCGGACGGGAUGCUUCUCGUGGUCUUGCCACCUUUUCAGUUGCUGCAUCUGAUGACUUUGAUGAUCUGGCUGACCUCACCCCUGUUCAAAAAGAAUCUGUAAAAGAAUGGGAAACACAGUUCACUGAAAAAUACGAAUAUAUCGGGCGACUAUUGAGACCCGGAGAAUUGUCGCGAAACUACUCAGAUGGAGAAACAGAAGGGGAAAGUAGCGAGGAAGAAGAGGACGCAGCUUCAUCUCGGCCGAAAGCUGAAUAAAAGACCAUCAGUGAUUUUCUUACCAUGUGUAUAGUUGGUGUAUUUUUAUUGUCUUUGAGAAAAGGUGAAAUUGUGCCCUCAAUUUUCCAUCUCAUAUUUCUUGCUUCUUUAAAAGGAUUCAGAGUAAAAAUUUGGCAGUUAAAUAGCUGUUCUACACAUUUCAAGCUUAUUUUUUCAUAACUCUUUAGUUUGAAAAUUAUUUUGUUCAUUUGUGUACUAGGUCCAUAAUAAAAGGUGCCAUUGUUUGAUGCACACUAUA